ACAAAACACAAAAUUCUUAGCUAUUUACCCAAAAGGAAAAAAGUAAAACUUUUGCGGAUAGAGUUACCCACUUGUAAUUUCUUUCUUUUGGUUCUCUUCGUUUCUUCUUCCAAUCUGCCUAUCUUUCAUGGUGGCCUGCUCCUACCCAUGCGAUCCGGUGUAGCCUCCGGAAUAGCCUCCAUUCGAAACCUCUACAGAGCAGCUUAUAGAUCCAUCACCAGAAAAUGGCAUAAAUAUAAGCAGAAACCGGCUUCCGAUGAAGAACCCAAAGCUGAUGAAGUCCACAAGGUUAUAGACAACAAUGUACCCGUUGAGGGGGAGGGCAAGGAUGGUUUAAUCCAAGACGAGAAAAGUAUGAAUGGAUUUCAAUAUCAAAGCUUUAGAUUCAACAGCCCAGGAAUGCGAGGAAAUGAUUCCGGUAGCGCUAGAUCUUCGAGCAGCUUCUUCAAGCACUCAAGCGUCGAUGGUUUAUUUAACAUGUCGUGUCAUAAUCUCACAAGAUGUGGUACACGAUCUGCGAGUCACACCCCUUCACGUUCUCAUCACAAAAAGAAGACUCGGAAAAGCUGUCCAGCCUCACCGGAAACCUCCAACUCAUCGGGGAGGAAAAGCUCAACCGACUCAACCAGUACCACGCCUCUCUCAAGAAGUGCACCUCUCUCCAAAAGCGGGCCUCUCUCGAAUUGUGAGAGCAGGAGAAGCACCACCAUCAUGUUUUCGCAGUCAUCCGGGAUGUUGAAACCCCCGGCCAUCGAGAAGCAGCUCGAGUGCACCUUGGAGGAGCUGUGCUUUGGAUGCAACAAGAAGAUGAAGGUUACGAGGGUUGUUGUCAAAGACACCGGGCAAAUGGCACAAGAAGAGGAAUUGGUAACGAUAAAUGUGAAGCCGGGAUGGAAGAAAGGAACGAAGAUUACAUUUGAAGGAUUGGGAAAUGAGAGACCUGGUGCAUACCCAGCUGACAUAAUUUUUGUGAUAGCUGAGAAGAGGCAUCAUUUGUUUGUAAGAGAAGGAGAUGACUUGGAGUUGACAGUAGAAAUCCCAUUGAUACAGGCCCUUACUGGUUGCACAAUUUCAAUUCCUCUUCUGGGUGGAGAAAAUACGACAUUGACAAUUGAAGACAUCAUAUUCCCCGGCUACGAAAAGACCAUUCCAGACCAAGGUAUGCCGAUCCCUAAGGUGGAAGGGAAGAGAGGAAAUCUGAAAGUCACGUUCCUGGUUGAGUUCCCUACUUCUCUAACACACGAGCAAAGAUCAGAUGUUCAUACUAUUUUAGAGGAAUGUUAAAUGAAAAAGUGCCUCUGUAAAGAGCUCUCAUGGCACAAUGUAUAGAACCCAAUACCUCAUGUAAAAGAUAGGUAGAAGCUCAAGGAGAUAGUUAUCACCCAAGAAAGAGUAGCUUGGGGUCUUGUAUAUUGCAGGGUAACAAACCCGAUGUUUCUAUACUAAACAGUGUUUAGAGCUUUAGAAAUGAGUACAAUGGCAGAAGCCCAGAUCGGAUGCUUGGAAAUAUUGAAAAACUUGUAACGUUUAUCGACAACUUAUA